GUGUUCUAACAAGCAGUGGGGGUAUAAAUCUAUUGGAUCUCGGGGGAGGGGGUAAUGUAUAGCUUGACGCAAUUGAUGCCAUUUGCUUACAACACCAUUGGCAUUUGGUUGUCAUUGACGCUGCUACAGUGCUACUGUAGAUGCAUUAGAUGUUAUGGCCAACAACACGACGACGGUGUCAAAAGCAGCCAACAGGACGUGCUGUUGUCGUCCAGUAGACCCAACGCUUCUGGCUUAGCGCUCAAGUCCACCCUCGCCGUGUCAAAGGACUCCAAUGCGUCACAAAAGCCUUCAUUCUGAUGAGUUUGAAUUCGGUCCGGUAGAUAUCCAUAUACAACGAUAAUGGCAGGCUGGCAGUGCUACUUGAUACUUCAGGUUUAGACUUUACUAUUAAUAAUUAAAAUUGUAAUAAUUCUAAGUUAAAACAAAUAGGGCCUUAUCUGGCUAGCAAUAUAGUGGUACUAUUUUGAUUUGAUUAGAGCUCCUUUUUAUUUAUUUGUUUUUUCUUUCUUUUACAUAGCCCCGGUAGAAAGUGUGUUGGGUGAGGUUGGGCUAGGUGCGGUGCAGACGGUGUCGGGGGGUGCAGGGCAGGCGCAAAAGGAAUUACGGAAUUGCCCCAACCAAGGAGGAGACGGAGGGGAGGGCAAGAAGAAGAAGGACGGUGCAGAGGAAAGGAAAGGAUUGGAAUUCCAGGGGCGACGACAUGGCCGCCGUGCAGGGGCAGGGGCAGGGGAAGCUCCUGUACAUUGUGGUGGUCGACGACGAUGGCGCCACCUUCCGCUACACGCGCUCCCUCCUCCACAGCACUCUGCAGCUGAUGGGAUGCAAGCCGCGCCAUGCCUUCGAGAUCAGCGGCAGGGUGUUCGACGAGAUCCGAGGUCACAUGGGCGGUGACAUGGCCAUGGGCGGCGGCGGUGGCGUGCAGCGCUACGAGCUGGCCGCCGACGCGGAAGCCGCCAGCCCCAGGCAGUUCCAGUUCGAGCUCUACAAGCGCCGCACCACCCUUCUCAUCCCUCGCCCGCUCUUCCUCCGCCUCGUCUGCCACGCCCUCGCCCUCUACAAGUAUGUCGCCCCCGACCAGCGCUCUGAUCUCCACCGAGCCUGCAGGAUCCGGGAAAGGAAGGAAUCAGUCACCAUUCUUCUCUGCGGAACCAGCGGCUGCGGCAAGUCUACUCUUUCCACCUUGCUGGGGAGCAGAUUAGGAAUCACUACUGUAGUCUCCACCGAUUCCAUUCGCCACAUGAUGCGGAGCUUUGUUGAAGAGAAACAAAAUCCCCUUCUCUGGGCAUCUACCUAUCAUGCAGGCGAAUGCCUCGACCCAGUAGCGGUCGCUGAUGCUAAAGCUAGGCGCAAAGCCAAAAAACGCUCAGGCAUCUCAACGACCUCAACCAUUGAUUUUGAUAAAACCAGGCCUCUCAAUGACAAACCUGACGGCAAACCAAUUGGGAAGAAGCAGAUGGCCAUAGAAGGCUACAAAGCACAAAGUGAGAUGGUCAUUGAUAGUUUGGAUCGGUUGAUUACUGCCUGGGAGGAUCGCAAGGAAUCAGUUGUUGUUGAGGGUGUUCACCUAAGCCUUAAUUUUGUGAUGGGGCUAAUGAGGAAACAUCCUUCUAUAAUACCUUUUAUGAUCUACAUAUCCGAUGAGGGCAAGCACACCGAGAGGUUUGCCGUACGUGCAAAGUACAUGACACUUGACCCAACAAAAAAUAAGUACGUCAAAUACAUCAGCAACAUUAGAACUAUCCAAGAGUACCUCUGCAGCCGAGCCGACAAGUACCUAGUUCCCAAGGUGAACAACACUAAUGUUGAUCGGAGUGUGGCUUCUAUCCAUGCCACUGUCUUUAGCUGCCUCCGUAGGAGAGCUGCUGGUGAUCAGUUAUAUGACCCUGCUACAAACACAGUGGCAGUUGUAAACGAGGAAUACAAAAACCAAUGUGUGGCCAACUCCAUGAGUUCCAAGGGGAUGUUCAAAUUGAUUCAAAGGUUAGGAUCCUCAAGAAAGCUCAUGGCCAUUGUCAAUGUGGAUGGAUCUGUUUCAAAGGCUUGGCCGGUUGAGUCCAGCAGCGGGGAUGGAAAAGGCGGUUCGGAAAAUGGCAGUAAGAAAUAUGUAGGCGAUCCAAUAUACGGGCCUCUAAAUAUUGGAAGGGCAGAGUCAGUCAAUCUCCAGUUUGGCGCUUUCGGAAUAAGUGCCUGGCCUACUGAUGCAGGCUGUACAAGUCAAGCUGGAAGUGUCAACGAGUCAUGGGACAAUGCUAAUGAAGGCACUGGAAGCCAUGUUCCUUCUUCUUCUGGUUCUCCUAAGAAGUUGGAUGGACAUUGUAAAGAGAUUAAAGAAUCAGCAGCGGCAUCUGGAAGUGAUGAUGACGAAGAAGAAGAAGAAGAAGCGGCUGAUGUUCCACCUAAUUCAGGGAGUGAGGAGGACCUAAGUGAAGAAGACAUAAGGGCGAUCCAUGAGGAGAUGGAAGGUUCCGUCGAUGAAGAUUGCAAUAGGUCUGAUGAGGAAUAUGAUGACCUGGCCAUGCGUGAUUGCAUGGAGAAUGGUUUUUUGACCGACGAUGGUGUUGUUCACACCGUAUUUGAUGGCAACGGACAGAAGCACAGCACAUUGAGAAAGCGUCAAGUUAAUUUGCGUACCCUAUCAAAGAUCGACUUAGACUCUCCUGACACUGCACGCUCUUCUUCUGCUCUUCCUAUUAGCGCAAGCAGCAAGCGAAAUGGCACAAGGAGGUGGAAGCGGUCCUUGAGUGAAUCAUUUCGUUCACGGCCACGGAGUGCUCCAUCUUUAGUGGAAUUGACGCCAAAGCACAAGGGCUCAGCCGUUCCAGAGGUGGCUCCCGACAAGUAGAACUGCAUAUAACCAGGGUAUAUCUGCCUAACUAGUGUUUUGCAGGAGGCCUAGACUUAACAGAUGAAUAACCGAUUUUUUUUUCUUUCUUUCUGGUCUUUAACCCUCAUGCCUUUUUUUUCCUGGACUUGGAGAGGAUGCAGAUAAAAAUUCACACAGCGUGAUUCUUUUGGGAGUUAUGUUUUCUGUUUGCAUAUGCCUAAGCUGUAAAUGAUGAAAAUACAGUAUAUGUACUGUCUGAACCCUCCGAGAUGUAGAGAAGUUUGAGGCAAUGUGUUGUUCUUAUCAAUGCUGCACAUCA